AUGCCUCUUUCCCACAAGUCUAAUCUAUCUAUAGCUAUCCGAAAAGCAGACGCCAACAACUCCAGCAAGCAUGAGAAAACGAAAAGCCGGACUCCAAGCAUUCCGCUGGGAGAGAUCCUGUCCUUGAACUUCCUUCCCUUGGUUGGUCUGGUCGGUGCCGCUGCUACCUCUUUACCGCUGGUGAAAAGCUUCAAGCCGGAGCUUGCACCCAUCACAACUUCGUUUGAUGAACAAUCCGAAACACAAUUCUCCACUCUCAAGGAUCGCUUGAAUGAGCUGUAUGGCCCCCUCAACGUUCCCGAGGAUAGCGAUGUCUUUAGUAACCAUACUGUCACUGCGAAGUCUAUUGCAAGUGGUAAGUCCGACACGAAAAAACGCAGUGGAGACGAGCGGAAGUCUAUAGUUGGUGACCAGUCAGACUCUAAUUCGGACGAUGACAGUCUCGAUGAUGUCAAUCCUGACAACGAAGAGGAUCUCAAAGACUAUGUCCCAGGAGGGUACCACACGUGCUUCAUUGGAGAGAACUACAAGAAUGAAAAAUACACCCUAGUUCGGAAACUCGGCUGGGGACAUUUUUCCACGGUUUGGUUGGCGCGCGAUAACGAUAAACAAUGCCAUGUGGCGAUGAAAAUCGUGCGGAGCGCUAAGCACUACACCGAUACUGCCAUCGACGAGAUCAAAUUGCUAGACAAGGUGACCUCGUCCGAAAUUCAUCAUCCAGGACAUCAACAUGUAAUUCAACUUCUCGACACAUUUACUCACCAAGGCCCCAACGGUGUUCAUGUGUGCAUGGUCUUCGAAGUCCUCGGAGAAAAUCUAUUGGGAUUAAUACGCCGUUAUAAGCAUCGCGGUAUCCCUAUUAUCUUUGUAAAACAGAUUGCUAAACAACUUUUGGCAGCAUUGGACUUCUUGCACAGAACGUGUGGCGUCAUUCACACUGAUUUAAAACCAGAAAAUGUGUUAAUUGAAAUAGGAGAUGUGGAACAGAUUGUUCGCAUGGUAGAAGCGGAGGAACAACAAGCAAAACUCCAACGCAAGUUGCUGCGCACUAAAUCCAAGUCUGGAUCCCACUCUUACACAAACCUUUCGCCAGGAGCUUCCAAUGUUCCAGCCAAUUCUAAUCAGGCAAACACGACCCUCCAGAGAGUCAAAUCCAUUUCUGAAGUCGCAAAUUCAUCAUCACUUGGCAGAUUCGGUCGCAGAUCACGUCGGCAAACACUUAUUACAGGAUCUCAACCAUUACCUUCGCCCCUCAGAUCUUUCAGUCGCUCGUUUUUGAAUGCAUCUGCCAUCACCACAAGCAACACCCCUUUGAGACAAGAUUCAACUGGUUCAUUUUUCAUGAACGUGGCUGCACAAACCCAUGAGGGUAUCAAACCCAUUGGAAGUCAGAGUUCACUCGGGAACAGCAUAGGGCCUAUUCAAAGCAGAAGCUCUUUCCUUAACAACUCUGAGACUGAAGAGGGAGAAAAUUUAGAAAAGAGUCUUAACAAUUCUAUCUCCUCGAUGUCUAUAGCUCAAAACUUCAAUAAUUCGGGAACCCAACUUAAUCAUACCGGUACCAAUGAGUCUUUUGAUGAUUCCAUGAUCAUUGGUGAUGAAGAAUUGAUAUCUGUGAAAAUUGCAGACCUCGGUAAUGCCUGUUGGGUGCAUCAUCACUUCACUGAUGAAGUGCAAACGAGACAAUACAGAUCACCAGAAGUUCUUCUCGGACAUCACUGGGGUGCAUCUGCUGAUCUCUGGUCAUUUGCUUGUUUGAUUUUCGAACUCCUUACUGGUGACUAUCUUUUUGACCCAAAGAAUGGUAAGUCAUACACAAAAGACGAUGAUCAUAUUGCGCAAAUCAUAGAGCUUAUUGGACCAUUCCCUAGAACAUUUUUGAAAGAAUGUUACUAUUCGAAGGAUUUUUUCAACAGCGAGGGAGAUUUACAUCGUGUUUCGAAACUCAAACCAUGGGGUCUAAAGGAUGUUCUUAUCGAGAAGUAUAAAUUCUCUGUCACAGAUGCUGUCGAAAUCUCAAGUUUCUUGCUUCCAAUGCUUACCUUGCAACCAGAUCAGCGUGCUGAUGCUGGUGGAAUGCUCAACCACCCAUGGUUGAGCGACGCUCUUGGCCUCGAAAAUGUGGUUUUAGAGAGGCCUGUUGGAGGCUCUGGAGAGGACAUUCCUGGAUGGUCCAGAGAAGCCAGCACCAACACUGCGAAAAACAAUUUCCGGUUUAACUUUGCUCAUCCUUGA